AUGGAAAGUGACGUGUGCAGCCACGUAAAGGUGGUUGUUCGAGUGAGGCCGCCCAAUGAGAGAGAGAAGCGUGAAAACUGUCGCAAUGUGGUCCAGGUUGUUGACAACCACAUGCUCAUAUUUGACCCCAAGGAACAGGAAGUUGGAUGUUUUGGGUCACAAAGAGUGCGAAAAAGGAACAUUAACAAGAGGGCCAACAAAGACCUUAAGUUUGUUUUUGACCAUGUCUUUGACGAGAACUCUACUCAAGCUGACAUCUUUGAGAGUACCACUAAAUUAGUGCUGGACGGUGUGAUGAAUGGAUUUAACUGCACAGUGUUUGCUUAUGGUGCAACUGGAGCAGGCAAGACCCAUACCAUGCUUGGCUCACAAAAUGAACCUGGGGUCAUGUACCGCACCAUGAAAGACCUGUUCAAACGCAUGGAUGAUGCCAAGGAGGAGAAGGAGUUUGCUGUUGCAUUCUCAUAUCUCGAGGUUUACAAUGAACAGAUCAGAGACUUGUUAGCUAAUGCGGGGCCUCUUGCAGUGAGAGAGGACAGUUCUAAAGGAGUGGUUGUUCAGGGCCUCACGCUGCAUCAGCCCAAAUCUGCCGAGCACAUUCUCGAGGCUUUGGAUUCUGGCAAUCGAAACAGGACGCAGCACCCCACUGAUAUGAAUGCCACCUCCUCACGGUCCCACGCUGUGUUUCAGGUAUAUUUGAGACAACAGGACAGAACUGCAAGCCUCAAUCCUAAUGUCUGCGUCGCCAAAAUGAGCCUAAUUGAUCUGGCAGGCUCAGAGAGAGCCAGCGCUACCAAUGCCAAAGGGGCACGUUUACGGGAAGGUGCUAACAUCAAUCGCUCACUCCUUGCCUUAGGAAAUGUUAUCAAUGCUCUCGCCGACCCUAAGAGUAAGAAAGCUCAUAUACCAUACAGAGACAGCAAGCUGACGCGGAUACUUAAAGACUCCUUGGGAGGCAACUGCAGGACGGUUAUGAUUGCCAAUGUUAGCCCCUCAUCCAAUUCAUAUGACGACACCCACAACACACUGAAGUACGCCAACAGGGCCAAGGAGAUUAAGUCCUCGCUGAAGAGUAAUGUUUUAAGCCUGGACAGUCACAUUGGCCAGUAUGCAGUGAUAUGUGAGAAGCAAAGACAAGAGAUUGUACAGUUGAAGCGGAAACUAAAAGAAUACGAGGAGAAAAACACGGUGCCUGGUACCACUAACACAGUCUCUUCCCAGAAACAAGCAGAGCUCAAAAGGGUGUCGGAAGACCUGCAGCAAAUCUUCUCUAGCCGGGCCCAAAUCAGGAAAGAACAGCUGGAUCUGGAGAGAAAACUGAAGGAGAAUGAGCUGCGCCAGCGCUACAGUGAGGAGGACAACCUGCAGGUCCAAUAUUUCUGUGCCAAGGAAAAGACUGAGAAGGCCACUGGUAAGCAUGAACGGAAAAUUGCAAGCUUACGCACUCAGCAGCAGCACAUUUGCAAACGUUUGAAGGAGGCAGAAACACGUUUCCUGGACAAUGAUGGCUGGCUUCAUCGCGUCGAGAAUGAGAUGAAGUUGUUGAAGUCGGACGAUAAGGUGUUAGAGAAGGACUUGCAUUGCCACAGACUGGAGCUGCAGGUAAAUGAUCUCAAACAACACAUCAAGCAGAUGGUCGAGCUCACUGCGCUGCAGGAUCAGCAGAAUAAGCGCAUGCAAAAAAUGAUGAACAUCUUGUUGCCAGCUUUUAGUCGGCACUACUCUACGAUGCACGGGGCUGGGCUGAUCACAGCAGCAGACGAGUCAGAGAACCAAGAACUAGAGCAUGUUGUGUUGCGAGAGAGAGGCGUGGUUUGGGCAGACCAGGAAGGGGCGGAGCAGAAUCUGAAAGGUGAAGAGGAAACGCAGGAGGCAAACGAGGCGGGAAGCGUUGGGCUCUGCAGCGAGCUGGCACCUGUCCUGUCUUUCUCACAUCUGCACUAUCACCAGAGUAGCCCCUGCAGUGCAGAGGGGCGCACAAAAAGAAAAACACUAUGCCAUGCUGCUCCGUCACCAAAAGGUAAAGGAAAUCAGGCAGAUGUGAAACAGGGAGCCUUUCCCAAAAUGCCCACCAGGAGAAAUCUGUCUGCAUCGAUGCCACCACAAAGCCCCAAGACCCUCUCCCAGGCCCAAGCCUUUGAGGAAGGCAUGUACCCACUCCAGUGCACACCAGAACCUGCUCAGACCAUGCCUCAGAGCUUCUCCACCACCAUGGAUCCAAAUAUGACCUUUGAAGUUCUGGACAGUGAUGAUGAAACUGCAACUAAUUCAACUGUCAUAAUAAGCCAUGGUGGUCCCUGUCAAGCAUCAAGGUCCAUGGACUUCUCAGUUCCCAGCCAAUCACUCAGUGCUCCCAAAACCAGUGUGGGGAAACAGAAUCCUACCAAAAGGCAACCGAUCCCGUCUUUACAAGAAAUGAGACGAGCCAACCCGACCUACAUGGAUAUGACGUCUGCUGCACAAGGAAAGCGUAAAUUCAACCAAAGCAUCAAAGAAGAGUUAACACAAGGCCUCUCUGCACCGAAGCGUAUAAAGAAAGACCCCUCUGUGGCCCGGAGACCACUCAGGGUGCAUCGUUUUGGUGGUUCAGAGGAGAACAAGCCUAAGAGAGUUGUGAGGAGCAUUUCUGAAGGAAAUCUGAGCCUCCUUCAGCCUCAGAAAUCCAAGUCCAUUUUUUAUAAAACUUCCCAACAGUUAAAGCGAGUCGCCAAGAGGAUGUGAAGCAACGACUUCUUAAAAUCAGCCUUUAUGGACAUUUUCACUUUCCAAACUUUUCGGUCUGUAUUCAUUGUUUUUUAAACAUUUUCUCUCAAGACCUGAAAGAAAAAAACAUUAUU